AUGGGCAGAGAAAUGGAGAGGCAGAGACCAAAAAACUGCUCAAUUGAUGGAGUGACUGUGAAAAGUGCUGCUGCUGCUGUUCUGACUGAGAAAGUGUAUCUGCAGUGCAUAUAUAUAAAAAAAGCUGUGAUAAUCCAGACGUACUGGAUGUUACAUAAUGUAACUCAUAAGGAAAAUACAGCUGUCUUGCAUCCAGUUUAUGGCAUACAUACCAAAGACAAAAACAAAUGAAGAAUUUAUUUUGAAAAUAGUCCUUAUCCUUCAUCAAGAGCACUUCAAAAGGUGGUGGUCUCCAUUAUAAAUAGUAUUUUCUACAUUGUAACUAACCCAGAUGGAAUUUUGAAAAAGGUAAUAGAAAUUACUCAUCCUGGAGAUGCUUUUGAAGUGUCUGAAAAACAAAAUAAUCCCAUGUUUACCAAGCCAGGAGGAAAUGUUGCUUUUACUUGCCCUUAUAAAACUGGAGAUUCAGUGCAGCGAGUGAUGUGGGAAAGGAUUAAAGCAGAUUGGGUAGAUACUGUCAUUCUGUGCAACUCGUCAGGAAAGCAAAGCUUUGGUGCGGAUUUCAAAGAAUCAACUUGGGAUCACAAAUGGUUUAUUACCUACAUAGCUGAAGGGAUUUCUGCUGGUGUUUCAGUGUUAGAUUUCCUACUGAUCUGAAUCACCACUGCUUAUCACAAAAAAAUUUACAGCUGGAUCCAAAGGAAUAUUUUAAACCACUAUCUAAGUGUGCUGUAUUCUCUUCCAAAUAUCUCUAGUGGCCUGAUUGAGAAUGUCUCUUCUUCCAAAGAAGAAAAAUAG